CGGGGCAAAAAAGCAUCGUUCUUAAUUAUUUUGUCCUUAUUAUUGGGAUUUAUCAUGGGGUGUCUGUACACUUCUUCUUUUUCCGGAUUUAUGAAGUCCAGAAAAGAACAAUCAUCAUUACAUGUAAAUAACAAAGAAAGAACCGAUUUCAAAGUUAGCGAGAAAAUAGAUGCCACGAGUCAAAACACAAUACUGGUAACUAGACUGAAUACUGAUCCCGAUCAAAAAAUUAGUGCCUCGGGUUCAAGCUCAUUAUUAUUAACUCAGCCUGAAUUCUGGGGAACUGUUAUAAUUGGAAGUGAAAUGGGAUGGCAAAAAAUGGAAAAGUUUUGUGUUCCACCCCCUGAUUUUGUUCGAAGCCAACUUCACAGACCAGAAGAUACACUUAUAUAUGUGUACACGCCACUGGAAGAUAAGUGGAUUUCCGGAAAUAUCAUUAGACGAGGAAUAUGGGAAGGGACUCUUGUAAAGAGAAUUCAUAAUAUAAUGAAAAACGAACCAGAAGUUGUGUUUUUGGAUAUCGGUGCCAAUGUGGGAGUUUUUUCACUGACUAUUGCCAAACUUGGUCGCUAUGUCAUAGUUGUGGAUGCCCUUGAGGGAAAUAUCGCUCACCUGUGUCGCUCCGUCCAAGACGGAAAUUUAGGUAGUCACGUGACUAUUAUUCACAAUGCGUUGUCAUAUCAACGAGAAAAAGUAGCUCUUGGAACUUAUGAAAAGAACGUUGGAGGAACGUACGUUAAGAAACUAGAAAAAAUGGAACUCGAUAAAGUAGGGCAAAAUUCAUUAGUAGUUGACGCAAUUCUUUUAGACGAUCUGCUGGAAAUAUUCAAUAUUAAGAGGGCAGUCAUAAAGAUGGAUGUCGAGACUUUUGAAGCCAAUAUCUUAAAAGGAGCUGAGAAAUUUUUUAAAGCUGUCGUGGUGGAGUACCUGUUUAUAGAAUUUAUGUCACACAGAGGAAAAGAUAGUGGAGAUUUUAUAGUUGACUUUUUGAAAAAUCAUAGUUUAGUCUCUGAAUUUUCUAAUUCAAACCAUUCUAUCUGGCCCGACGUUGUCAUGUUUAAAAGGGCGACUUCAUGAUGUGUUCAAAACCUCGAGGAUACUUUAAG